AUGUCUGAGGAGAAGAUGGAGGUCAAGGAGUCCGACAUGGACGACGCCGAACAGAACACCGUCAUCGGCAUCGUCCGCGAAGCGCAGCGGCUCUACAACAUCGACAAGGUUGGCUCAUUUACUUCCGCCUUGGUAGGAGAUUUAUUCGAACUCUAGUGAUAGGAUCUCUUGUUCAAAAUCCAUCGCUGAAUAUAGUUCCACAAUUUACGUAUCUCUGGGCCUUCAACCUGAUCUUCAAAGAAUUUUCAAGUCACAUCUCAGAAGAGUAAAAUAUCUUUAUUUUGAGAAAGAGGUCUCUUUAAACCUUCUCAUACUUGAACUAAAUUAGAAAUCCUGAAGGUUAGAAAAUGCUCCCUCAAAGUUGUUCCUCAUUAGCUCCUAAUUUUACUCAUAAUUGCAGAAAGCUUUGAAAAUGAUGUAUGUUUCAGAUGAACCUGAAAGGCUCCUUUAAAAAAUCCCUAUUUUGAAAGCUUCAAAAUUUUUCUCCUUGAUGAGAGUCAAUGGAAAAGCGGUUUUUCUCAAUAAAUACGAAUUUGUACAGUUUGAAAAGUUCAGAAUCUUUAUCUUGUGCAUCGCAUCACUAUUUGUUAAUGCUUCAAACCUCUUUUGGAACUGAGCCAAGAUAAUCUCUCAAUCACUUUUCUUUAUUGAAACUUUUUUGCGCUUUGUUCGAAAAAUAUUUCCUUAAAAAAAUCAUUAUCUCCUUUUUUUUCCAUUCUCUAAACGAGGAAGCUCAAAUCCAAAAAAACAGUUUGAAUAUAAAUGAAGAUUUUUUUAUUCAUUAUUUAUCUGCGAACUUUUUAAUUUGAUGAGACAAUCUCAUAAAAAAAUGAUUUCCGAUUUAAUUUCCGGAAAUCCUAUUAGGAAAAAAUGUUCGAUUUAGUCAAUGGAUCUGAUGAACUUUUUAAUAUUUUUUUCCUAAAUAUUUUAUUUUUCUUCCUUGUAAAACUCUUUGAUUCUAAAAAAAUAUAAUUCAAUUUUAUUGGUAACUCGUCAAAAAAACUCCAUUACAUAUCUUUUUUUCAAACAUUUCCUAACUGUGAAACCUCAAACCAUCGUAAAAAUAAAACUCCCUCCAUCUUGUUUUUAUAUUCAUUUCUGCAGUAAUAUCACACAUCUUUGUGUUCUCCGAUUUCAAGACAUGACACACGUGUUUUUUGAACACGAAAAAAAUAACAAGUAGAGUUAGAAUCAAGUCAAAACAUAAAUCACUCGAAUUUUCAAGGAAAGAAGCUUUUUUUUAAAGUUCCUAGCUGUUAGAUAAUCGCAUUUUGGAGCCUAAUUGCAAACUCGAUUUCUUUUUUCCUUCUUUCUCCUGUUUAAUCUCAAAAAGAACUCCCAGGCGAAGAGAAGAAAUUUUCUGGAAUUCCCGUGUAAAGCUGCGAAAAUCCAAUUACCCAAGCAGGAGAAACAAUGAAACAAUAGAACAUAAAAUGGCAAUUAUUGUUGAUUUUUACAGUGGAAACUUCACUUCCGCCUUUUUGUUCGAAUAAAUUUGUUUUGUACAUGCGACGAAUUUUUGAAUUAUUACUCAUGGCGCAAAAAUUUAAUUUCAAAACCCGCUGCGAUAAAUUGGUGAAUGGCUGUGACAAAUAGCUCAAAUAUGUCGUUUGUUCUCUAAAUUUCAUUUCUGGCUCAUGGUUGUUUUCUGGAAAUUCAGCUUGGAAUAAAAAUGAAGCCGAAUAAGUCGAGCCGUAUAAAAAGUCGCACCUUUUCAUAAACAUUUUUCUUACCAGUUUUUGCCUCCUAAAGAAAAUUUAACUUUGAGCUUGUGCUAAAGACUCGAGAUAUCUAUUCACAAAAAAAAGCUGACCUUUAAAUUCAUUUGCCGCGAAACACCGUGACCGCACUUGGAACGGCUAAAAGCGUCGCGGUCGCGAUCCAAAUGGGGGAAAACCCACAGCUGUUGACAUUUAGAAGUUUUUUUUUAUCUUUUCCAAUACCCUAAAGCGAAAGUCGUUUCAAGUCGGGUGAAUAUAAAACAUGUCGAGACGAUUGGAAAAUCCAUUGUAAAGGACAAAAUAUUUUGUGAAGUUUGGGAUAUAUGGACUUCAAAGGUAAAUGUUUAGAAAAAAGAUCCUUUCAGGACGUGGCGGCGUUUGUGAAGGAGGAGCUGGACAAGCAGAUGGGGGCGACGUGGCACGUCAUCUGCGGCAAGUGCUUCGGAUCGCGCGUCUCCUACGAGAUGGGCCAUUUCCUGCUGCUCAAGUGUAACAAGGCAUGUCAAUCAUUUACCUCCCGAAUGUCCUUUACCUGGACAUCCAACGGAACUUUUCCGAGUCGAGAAAAAAAAAAUUCAAAGUUCAAAAAGAAGAUGAAAGCUUAAAGAAUAGUUUAAGCCCAAUUCGAACUACAGUUUUUUCUGAAUUAUGAUUAUAAAAUUUGUUUGAUGUUUUAGAUGAACUAGCUGAAAUUCCCAGCCUGCUAAAGCUCUUAGUUUUUUUCGAAAAAAAAAUUUUCAAUUUGUUUUUUUUUUGUGUUUUUUUAUUGAUGACUUGGAUUUUCCCAAGUUUUUAUUCGAGAGAAAUCGAUCCAAUAUUCAAAAAUAAACCUACAUCUGAUUAAAUUCUGGAGUUCCUGGUUAAAUCACCUAUCCAGUUGCAAUAAACUUCCGUUACAUUUUCUUUACGUCGCUUUUUUUUAUGAAAAAAACUUGAAAAAAAUUUACAGGUGAAUGUGAUGAUCUACAAAUGCGGCUACUGA